UGGUUUUGAAGAUGACUUCAGUGGAAGUCCUGUUGCUGCCCAGGAGAGGGUUCCUUCUGGGAUCUUGUUGCCUCUUAAAUGAUAGAGAAUUCCUUGCUGAUGUCCACUUCUCAAGUCCUGUUCGCUGAAAUGAAAUAUGUGGAAUGGAGAGUCUGUUAAGGACUUCUGUGCCUGAUUGUGCCCAAACAUUUAACAAAUUCAGUCUCCACGGUGUCAUGAAAUCAACUUUGCUUUGUAAGCCAAUACCAUAGAGUCCUCUUGGAAGCAGCCAAGAUUCCUUUGCCUACACUACAUAUUGCUCUUUUUCAAUUUUCGGAUGUCAGGAGUAUGAACAACCACAAAAACCUGUAAAAGAUCUGUUUUCUAUUGACUGAAACUAUGAAACCUAUGCAAAGUGGUUAGUGGUCUCAGACUAUGAACUACGUAGGACAACUUGCAGGACAAGUCCUGGUUACUGUGAAGGAGCUGUACAAAGGCAUUAAUCAGGCAACCCUUUCAGGAUGCAUUGAUGUCAUUGUGGUCCGGCAACAGGAUGGUACAUACCAAUGUUCUCCUUUUCAUGUCCGAUUUGGGAAGCUUGGUGUAUUGCGCUCUAAAGAAAAAGUGAUUGAUAUAGAAAUUAAUGGCGAUGCUGUUGAUCUUCAUAUGAAACUGGGUGACAAUGGAGAAGCUUUCUUUGUACAAGAAACUGAGGAGGAAAAUGAAAAAGUUCCUGCAUAUUUGGCAACAUCUCCAAUACCCACUGAAGACCAGUUUUUUAAAGAUACUGACAAUCAUUUGAAAUCAGGUGAAAAUGAGAGGACAUGUGCAAACUCAGAAAUUCCACACACUGUGGAAACAGAGACUGUAUUCACACCAGGUUCUGUGAAGAAGAAAAAAAGAAGAAGAAAGAAAUACAAACAAGAUAGCAGGAAGGAAGAUCAGAUCUCUUCUACUGGGACGGAAGAGAUUUUUGAAAUGGAAAUAAGCUCAGAUGAUGAAAAAAGUGUUCAACCCCUAAGAGGUUCCUCAAAUUCAUCACCAAAGGGUGAAGAACAAAAAGAAUCUUUGAUCUAUCACUCGAAGGAUCAUUACCCCUUAUCUGAUGGAGACUGGUCCCCUCUGGAGAACCCUUUCUCUGAGCCAGUCUGCCCUAAAAGUGAUUCAGAACUGGAAGUUAAACCUGCUGAGAGCUUGUUGAGAUCUGAAUCUCACAUGGAAUGGACGUGGGGAGGAUUCCCAGAAUCAACCAAGAUAAGCAAGAAAGAGAAACUGGAACAUCUCAGAACAGCUACCAUUACUCCAUCAGAGAAGACUCAUUUUAGGGUCAUUCUCAGCUCUGAUGAAGUUGAAGAUGAUGAUGAUGAGAAAGAUUCUGUCUGUACAGUACUGAAACCUGAGCCAAGAACUCAUCCUCUGCUUAAGCAGAUGGAUGUUAAAGAUUCUCUUGCUUCUGCAAUCAUAGAACCACAAGAUCCAUUGCCAUUAGAUGCUGAUCAUCAUUCCAGGCUGUUGGUGGACCCUUUACCAGAAACAAAGCCAACAACAAAAAUGGACUCUCCUUCAAAAAAGAAAGGGGUGCACAAGCGAAGUCAUCAUCAGGGACCUGAUGAUAUUUACUUGGAGGACCUAAAAGCUUUGGAACCUGAAGUUGCAGCACUCUAUUUUCCCAAAAGCGAUUCUGAUCCAGGCUUCAGGCAGUGGACAGAGUCAGACACCCUUUCCGGUUCCCAGUCACCCCAAUCAGUAGGAAGUGCUGCCGCUGACAGCGGUAUAGAGUGCAUGUCUGAUUCUGCUAUGGACUUGCCUGAUGUUACACUUUCACUUUGUGGGGGUCUCAAUGAAAAUGGAGAGAUUUCUAAAGAAAAAUUCAUGGAACAUAUUAUUACUUACCAUGAAUUUGCUGAAAACCCUGGACUCAUAGACAAUCCUAAUUUGGUAAUAAGGAUUUAUAACAGGUAUUAUAACUGGGCGUUGGCUGCUCCAAUGAUUCUGAGCUUGCAGGUGUUUCAGAAGAGUUUGCCUAAGGCUACUGUUGAGUCUUGGGUCAAAGAAAAGAUGCCAAAGAAGUCUGGAAGGUGGUGGUUCUGGCGCAAGAGAGAAAGCAUGACUAAACAGAUACCAGAGGCAAAAGAGGGGAAAACUGAGACACAAAGAGCAAAUGAACUUCCAGCAACCAUAAAAGAGCAAGUUAAUAGUAGACCUCCAGAAGAUGAUUCUUCUAGUGACGAAGCAUCACAGGAGUUGAAGGAAUCCCUGAAAAUAGAUUCUGCCCCAGUAGAGCAUCCAGCCCAUGGGAGCAUUACAUCUUAUAAGAAAUCACUUAGACUGUCUUCAGACCAAAUAGCAAAGUUGAAGCUCAGAGAUGGCCCUAAUGAUGUUGUAUUUAGUAUUACAACCCAGUAUCAAGGGACUUGCCGCUGUGCAGGAACAAUAUAUCUCUGGAACUGGAAUGAUAAAAUCAUCAUAUCAGACAUUGAUGGAACAAUAACCAAGUCUGAUGCUUUAGGACAGAUCCUCCCUCAGCUUGGCAAGGACUGGACUCAUCAGGGCAUUGCAAAACUCUAUCAUUCCAUAAACGAAAAUGGCUACAAGUUUCUGUACUGUUCUGCACGUGCCAUUGGGAUGGCAGAUAUGACCAGAGGAUACCUACACUGGGUGAAUGACAAAGGAACAAUUCUUCCCAGGGGUCCUCUGAUGUUGUCCCCCAGCAGUUUGUUUUCUGCCUUUCAUAGGGAAGUAAUAGAAAAGAAGCCUGAAAAGUUCAAAAUCGAAUGUUUGAAUGAUAUCAAGAAUUUGUUUGCUCCCAGUAAACAGCCUUUCUAUGCUGCUUUUGGAAACAGGCCCAAUGAUGUAUAUGCCUACAUGCAAGUGGGAGUUCCAGACUGCAGAAUAUUUACUGUGAAUCCAAAGGGUGAACUGAUCCAAGAACGGACUAAGGGAAACAAAUCUUCGUAUUUCAGACUAAGUGAGCUUGUGGAACAUGUGUUCCCAUUGCUUAAUAAAGAACAGAGUUCUGCAUUUCCAUGCCCAGAAUUCAGCUCUUUUUGCUAUUGGAGAGAGCCUCUUCCUGACCUUAACAUGGAUGACCUGGCCUGAAAAAUACUUCUCACCUAGAGAUGGAAUUUCAUAUUCAGCUACUCAACUUCAGCUUAAAUGUGAAGAACUUUCUUAAUGAAUAUGCUAAUUUCUAUACUGGUACCGUUAAGUCUUACUAAAGAAAUCACUUUAACUCCGUUGGUUUAAAACAAAGAAAAUGCAAAGCUACUGUCUUAACUGUCUUAAUUUUUUUUUUUUUUUGGGGGGGGGGGGGGGAUUGUGUUGGGGUUUUUUGUUUGUUUAUUGCUUGUUUGUAUAUACCUGUUCUAAGGCACUUGAGAUUGGCCUGUCAUUGAUGGUCAUGGUACCCAAGUGCUUCAGGGCAGCUAAAUGCUGAGGUAAACUAUGACUUUGCAUUUUCAUCAAUACAGACCAUAUUGUAAACAUAGUGGGUGUUCUUUUUGUUUUGGAGGGGGAGGGUAGGCAGGAAUGCAUUGGGGUUUUUUGGUUUGGUUUGGGGUUUUUUUUGGUAUUGGUGUUAAUAGUAUAUUUUCUAAAAUGAAGCCAAAAAGUGUAUGGAAACUGCCAAAUAGAAUGUCAGACCAGUUAAUAAAAAACGUGGUCUAAUGUUCAUAUGGGCAAUUGGGCCAUUUUUAAAAGGAACCAGAACAUAAGACCAGUGUGCUCUUUCUCAGUUAAAAUACAGAAAAUGUGUAGACAUUACUAGCCUGACAGACUGAAGACAUAAAAUUCCUCUUUAAAUGUAAAUAUGCCUUUUGUCACAUGUACAAGACUGCUUGUACAGUUCACACUCAAACUAACUCUGCUUAUUACUUUUUUUACAUGCAAUGUUUCAAACUUCAUCAGCUUGUUAAAAUGAAAGUUGUCUUCAGAUACUUGUAUGGCUUUUGUUGUUUCCAGGCUGCGCUAUGUCAUGUUAUAUUUCCAUCAAGAAAAAUCUUGAACAUUUCUGUAAGAGUUGGGGAGCUGGUAUUUUUAUUUCCUUUUUCAACACAGAAAUGAUGCAUAUGUGUGUGUAUGCUGUGUAGGCCAGUAAAACGUAUGUACAGAUUAUAUUCAGGGAAUUGUAAUACUGAAAAACUAUGUAUUUAAUUUUUUAAUUGUAUACUGCAGGUCUUUCCAGAAUUCUGUAUUGCAGGUUUUCAUUAGCUGGAAGGAAAUGCAGCUCAAUAAUGAGAUUUCAGCUAUGAGAAUGGUUAAAUGCUGCAGAGCAGAAGAAAACCUUUUUUUUUUUUUUUUUUUUCUUCCUUUUAUUAAGUUUUGGGUUAUUCAUAAACAUUAUGCUGUUCAUUCCUCAGGUUCAGAUCAGAACCUGUGAACAAAUUGCAUUCCAAGUCUGGUGUUCAUCAGCUGGAAAAGCAGCUAGUAUUUCUCUCCAGAAAUAGUUGAAGGCAAAGGUGGUUCUGCUUUGUAAGUUGAGUUAGUGGUUUAACCUCCUUUGGACAAAUCUAUGGUGAGAAUGUACCGUUUCACCAGUCCAGAGGGCUUAAGGACUACAGUCAUUUAAACAUCAGUCCUGGGCUUUCUGGGCACAGUCUUCUCUGCGACACCUUAAGCAAGUUCAUGGGGCCACACAUUAAAGAUCCUUCCAGGGGCAGCUUCCACCAGGCUCCGGGGUAAGCUCUGUUCCCAGUUCCCAAGCAGCACUCCCAGUGGGAGCAGGGAAGCGUGCAGGGCAGUGUCAGUGAUCUUUAGAAGGCAUUUGUAUGGCUACCUGCCCUGGUGCCUGCACCAGGGGCUGCGCUUGGCAGAAGCAGCUUGGGCAGGCCCCUCUGCUUCAGCUUACUUGGGCCGAAUGUGGGAAGGGAGCUCUCUCCCCCACUACCUGCAAAAGAGUACAUUUAGAGGAUUUCACCACCACCACCCCCCCUGCGAAUAUGAUCUUUCAUUUAUCAGGCUGAGUAGUCUUAACCCACAGUUCUGAUACAACACCAGCUGACGCUGGACAGUUGGUGAAGCGCUGGGGGUGUGUGUCAUUUUUAGAUCACUAUAUGAAUGAAAUAACUUUUUUUUAUCAAACUCUAGUGUAUUCCUGUGCUUGUAAAACAUUAAAGAGUGGAGGCAAGCAAAAUCAACAUGGAGCCCCUCUUUCAAAGCAGGAGUAUGAGAGCAGGAAAGAAAAAUUACCGCUCUGUCACGGUGUGCCAUGCAUGUCAGUGAACCGAAAGGCAUCCUUAUUCUUGUACAAUGAGAACAAUGCUUUCCGUGACUGUUUCAGCAAAAUCUUGGUCCUGUCACCAGUAUACUUUGUGUUUAAGUGGAUUUCACAGGAUUCAACUCAUAGGAUAGUUUGCUCUUACUACUUUUUUUUUGUUGGGUUUUUUUGGUUGGUUUUUUUUUUUUUGGUUUUUUACUGUCAGACGCUUACAAAGAUCAUUCCAUUCUUUUUCUUAUCUUUUAUUCCAUAGACUUCAUUAGAAACUGAAAUUUUCAUGAUCACCAAGUGCUUUGAAUAUCAAUGGGAUUUAAGUCACUUAAAUACUUUAAAGUAAAUAAAUAAGAAUCCAGCAUAAUAAAGUAUUUUAAUUACAAGACAAAAUAUUCUAUCUAAAGAUUUUAUUUUACAUAAAGGGAGUAAAGCUGCCUUUCCUAAAACAGUCCUUUGUGGAUGUCAAAAUUUUAUUUACCAUGCUCAACUUAUUCUUGGUGGCCCUGGUAUUACACAGGUUUUCUAAAAAUAAAAGCGCUUCAUGAAGCUGGGAUGGGUUUCCAAGUAGGACAGAUUGUUUCCAAGGUUUGGCUGUAUCUUUCUUGCUUGAUGAUGAUGAUGAUUUUUUUAACUUAAUUAAUUUUUUUUCUCUUCGGUUCAAUUAAUCUUUUCAGAUUGUCAUAAAAUUGAGCUGUGGUUAUUAAGGUGGGGACGUGAGUAAACGAGCAAUGUGGAAAAAAUAGUAUCAGGUGUAUCUCCAAAUGCAUAUAACUUAAGCUGGUAUGAAUAUGGGGGUUGUGUGGUUGUAGAGAGCUCCUCAUUCUGCUAACAUGUUAUUUUGCAUUAUAGGGAUGUCCAACAAGUUGCUUAGUUAAAAAAAAUCUUUUUUUUUCCCUGUAACAGCUACAGGUUUGAUACUUGGUUUUUGAUAAAAUGUAAAAGUGUUCUUCAGGUCUCUGAUAUGAGUAGGGUGGGGGUUUUCUUUUGUUCUUCUAAAUCUGGCUUGUUUGAAGCUUUUCAGAUUGUUUGUGAGCCCUGUUUAGGGACAGAAUCUGGGGGCACUGUACCUGUCAUUGCAUACCUAUGUAAUUUGGGCUGCUGGGCACUUUACUGACUCUAGAAACGACAUCUCAUUACUAUCAAACUGUAGGCUUGUGCUGCAAUAUUAAUAUGAAGUGGGGUAAAUAAGAAUUAUGCAUUAGCCUGUCUUUUGUGACCUUAGUAGAGAGAAGUGGCCUGAAACUAGUGUUUGAGAACAAGUUGUGCUAUACUUCUUUCCAAUUAGCGCAAGCUAAAUCAUUCUUUCUGUGAAAGAGGAACUUCUAAGUGUGUAUGUCUGUAGGCACAUGCACCCCCCUGUUAAGACUGUGUUGUUGAAGAUGCAGAUACUUAUUGGAACCAUGUCAAAGGCUGAAUCAAUGACACCUGUCUGGAAGUAAAGAACAUUGCAAUUCAAAACUUGUUAGUGACUUGGAUAUUACCCAUUUUCUGUAAUUAUUUAAAGAUCAGUAAUUCAAGUGGUACACAUUUCUGGAUUUUUGUUUUUACAGUACCAAGCAUGUUUGUACUUCAAAAGGUUGGGCUCUUAUCCCUAACAGUAUACAGUUGCAUGUGCGUCUUGGCUCAUGUAUCCUUAGCUUCCUGUCAUCAGUAUACUCCUCCUAAAACUUUUUUUUUUUUUCAACUGGAAAAGUUUUAACACUUGUGUCAACUCUGUUAUGGAACUUCUGAAGCAAACUUUGAAUCCACUUAUGGUAAAGACAAGAGAGAUGAGAUUUCAUGUUAAUAUUUCAUACAAGUCUUCUGGAAAAUGCUGUCAUAUGAGAGAACGUUUAAAUGACUGUAAUGCAAAUUCAUAAUGAAAUAUCAAAAAUACAUAGUGAAUUUGAGAUGCCUUUAAAGUGUCACUUUUGCCUGAAGAAGUUUUAGUUUCCAAAGUUAAAAUCUGAAUAGAGUGGGAUCGUUUUGGAUUUUGUUUACAGUGUUAAUUCCAGAUGAAAGUUAAAAUGUUGGUUUAUUUUGAGGGUGGGAAAACUCUCUUCAAACAUUUGUUGCAUUUUUGCAUUGAAGAUGUGGAAUACUUGAUUGUUAAGCAACCCAAUCACUUAUAAGGUAGUGUGUUUAAAAUUGUCAAAUCUGUGGUCAUACCGCUACAGUGGGUUUUGUUAAGACUGGACUAUCUUGGGUACAGUAACCCACACUUCCGUGCAAUGUUUAUUGAUGUUCAGAACGAUGUUAUCACAAUAAACAAACUUAAACUAGAA